AUGGAUUGCGAACAUCGCGUCAUAUUGAAUGUUGGGGGCAUUCGACAUGAAACAUAUACUCAUGUACUCAAAAAAAUUCCAGCCACAAGACUAUCCAGACUGACAACAAAUUUGGCAAAUUACGACCCUGUGCUGAAUGAAUAUUUUUUUGAUCGUCAUCCUGGUGUUUUUUCAAUGAUUUUAAAUUAUUAUCGAACAGGAAAGUUGCAUUAUCCGACCAAUGUUUGUGGUCCUUUGUUCGAGGAUGAAUUGGAAUUCUGGGGCCUAGACUCAAAUCAAGUAGAACCAUGCUGCUGGAUGACUUAUACACAACACCGGGAUACCCAAGAAACGCUGGCUGUAAUCGAAGGUUUAGACCUGGAUGCCGAUCCUCCAACCCAGGAAGAAACUGCGAAAAAAUUUGGCUGGGAAGAUGAUUAUUACUCAGGCAAUUUGUCAAAAUGGCAACAGCUUAAACCAAUGGUAUGGGCGAUGUUUGAUGAGCCUUGGUCUUCUCAAUAUGCUAAGAUGAUUUCGUCCUCUUCUGUAUUUUUCAUUAUCGUCAAUAUCAUUUCAUUUGUUCUCAAAACACAUCCUGCAUUCCAAAUACCAUCCAUUACAGUGUCAUAUAAUAGAGAAGUUGGCAACGAUGACACCCAAUCGAUAGCCACUUUCAAACAAUGUACCAAUGCUCAUCCGGCAUUCUUCUAUAUUGAUCUCAUCUGCAACAUAUAUUUUAGCGCUGAACUUAUAGUUCGUGUGAUAUUUGCGCCAUCGUUACAACGAUUCGUCAAAUCACCUAUAACAGUUGUCGAUUUAUUAGCAACAGGAUCUUUUUAUUUGGAUUGGCUAGUGACCAGUUUGAUAAACGAUCAACAUAGCUCGAAUUCUAUCGAUUUCCUAUCUAUAUUAUGUGUUCUAAGGCUUUUCAAGCUAACUCAACAUUUCAGUGGGCUUAAAAUACUCAUACAAACAUUUAAGGCAUCAGCGCAAGAGCUAUUAUUACUGGUAUUUUUUGUGUUAUUAGCGAUCGUUAUAUUCGCUGCACUUGUAUAUUACGCUGAACGAAUCGAAAAUAAUCCACAAAAUCAGUUCACUUCGAUACCAGCCGGAUUGUGGUGGGCAAUUGUGACGAUGUGCACAAUUGGAUUCGGUGAUAUGGUGCCCAAAACAUAUUUGGGUAUGUUAGUGGGUUCAUUAUGUGCUCUGAUGGGUGUAUUGACUAUUGCAUUACCAGUGCCAGUUAUCGUUGCUAACUUUUCCAAUCUCUACUCUCAUUCACAAGUAAUUUAUCUAAUUCUUGCAAAUAACUAUGGAAGGCCUAUUUUGCUUUGA